AGCAUCUCCCAUCUAAUCUUGGUUGAAGAGUCUUACUUGGCUAAGAAAGAGAUCAGGCACAAGAAGGUGGUGCUGAGAAAGUUCCAUGAAAACUCAGAAGUCACCGCCUGCAUAUCAAACUUGAAUAACCAGGAGAGAUGUAACUUCGGCAUACUUUCAGCUGCCUUCCUCCUGCCCACACCGCAGGUUUUUCAGGUCCUUGCUUGAGCGUGCACUCACAGGCGUAAAUAAACGUGCUAUCAACAGCCUGCGUCAGCCAACCCAGCUAUUUAAGCGGGCUGGCAUCAGCAAACUCAGCUUCCAAAUCCAGGGCUUGUCUUUGCCACUGCCACGAAAGCUGAAAUUGGAAAGCUCUUGCUGGCAAGUGGCAGCUGCAUGUGGUACGUCUUGUCCCUAAAGAGGGGUGUGGCCAGGUAUGUAAUUAACCUUCCUCUGGGGAAGCAGAGUCUGCAGGCAGCCAGGAGUCCAGAGCCCUCUGGCUUUAUCUGUGAGUGAAGCAGCAAGGUGAGGAGGGAGAAGGCGCGCCGAGACCAUGUCGGCGGAGACCGCGAGCGGCCCCACCGAGGACCAGGUGGAGAUCCUGGAGUACAACUUCAACAAGGUCAACAAGCACCCGGACCCAACCACGCUGUGCCUCAUCGCGGCCGAGGCCGGCCUUUCCGAGGAGGAGACCCAGAAAUGGUUUAAGCAGCGCCUGGCUCAGUGGCGGCGGUCGGAAGGCCUACCCUCAGAGUGCAGAUCCGUGACAGACUAAGGAGAUGGUGGGCACCAGCAGCUUCCCUCCAUGAAGACCAUCUGCUGUUUCUCUCCUCAGCUUAACCAAGCUUUUUUGGUUUUUCAGUGUAGUGCUGUGUGUUCCAUUGUUAGCUGUCCUGCUAUUUAACACAAUGUUGUAUUUUUUAAGUGUACAUAACUAGAAAACAAAAUAACAAUAGGAAGCUAUAUGUAGCUUCUGUGUAAAGAAGUGUCUUGGCUGGAAAGUGGUGGGGCUUGCAUUUCCCUUUGGGUCUUGAUGAUAGAUGGUGUGAAAAUCAUCUGGUUUGCUUCCGACCAUCACCUCCCAGUACCAAUUUAUUUUUGCCAUCCAUUUCAGAGUAGGCAAGGCCUCUGUUGAAAAGAUAACAUGACCAAGGAGGGGGAGCAUUUCCUUCCAAUUCUACUUUCCUAAGUGGUUUUCCUUAUGUUGCAUUUAAUACAUUGAAAUUAAGUGAGAAUACAGAGGGAGAUUUGAGUCAUUUGGAUUUCAUAAAGCACUUCCUUGGAUUAUAGCUGCAUUAACUUGGAAAGAACCCAGUUAGGCUGGAAGACAGAAACUCCACCUGGCAGAAGAUCAAGUAAGAAAAAAAUCCACAAAAGUCUUGAAUUUACCUUAUUUAAAUGCAUUUGUUAAAUGUAUUUUACUAAACAAAAUGAACUGCUUUUUGUCUCUGAAAUGAUAUUCUAAAUAAAAGCCUUUUGUUGAAAAUG